AACCUGUGGACUUUUUUGGAGAUGAAUACGACGGACGAUCAAGAGCAGCCACUCCUACUCGUGAAAACAAUAUGUACUCAUUUUUGGGAGAGAUUUUCAGAACUUGCCGCGAUGCUACGGCAGAAGCAAUGAGGAGGACACCCGAACGCCACGAACAAGUUGGGCGAGAAACGAACUGGGUGCCACUGACCACGAUGAUAAGAGAGAAGGAAAAUACUAGAAACCAGAGUUACCGACCUACCGGAUGCUUCAAUUGUGGAAGACAAGGACAUAGGGCCCGUGAAUGCCCCGAGCCAAGGAGAAUACCACCACAAGUUACCAACCCUCGUGACGCGAACCUUUGCGAAGUAGAGAACAGCGACGACGAAGCUUACGUUGCUACUAGAUCACGACACCAGCUGUACACCAUUAAUCGUCCUAAAAAGGGUGAAUUGAGUAAGGAACCUACUGGAAGAACUGUGAGCCAGCCACGACAAACAGAACAAGCACGACCGGUACAACAGGAAGAGCGCGCCCAACCGACACAACCAGUAGAAAUGGAGAUCACGGCGGAACCUACAAAAAAGAAUGCCACGCCACGAGUCAAGCGCCAGAGAGGACCGUCAGUAGUAGACCAAGCACCCCUAUACAACGUUGCAGAAGACUUGUUGAGACAGAGAGCUAAUGCCACGUAUGCCCAACUAUUACAAAUUCCGAAGCAACGACAGCACCUGGCACAAGUAUUGAAACGACCUAUCAUCACCCCCACGGAAGUUGACUAUGUGGAAGACCAGCCCCAACGAACCUCAACAGCUAGAUGUAAUGUGAAGAUAAGAAACAAACCAGUAGUAGCAGUAUUGAACUCUGGAGCAGCAGUGAGCAUAAUGUCAAAGAAAUUGCUUACCAAGCUCAGACUACAGAUUUCGGAACCAUCUAACGCUGUUGUCAUCACCGCGAACAGAACACGGGAAAGAGCUUUAGGAAAAUUGAAGGACAUAGCACUACAACUAGGAAGAAUUACUGUAUCAACAGACUUUCAAGUUAUAGAAUCUACGGAAGAAAUGAUGCUAUUAGGAAUGAAAGAUCUAGAUGAAGUAGAAAGUUAUUUGACUGAUGAUCAGGAGGACUUAUAUACCAACACAUGGAUCGACGAGCAGAGCCCGGCAGCAUAUUUGACGACGAUCAAAGAAGUUCCGACACCCGAAGAAAUCGAACGACCCAUACAACCUCUGGAAGGAGUAAUAGAAGAAUUACAUUCUCCUCGGCUCGGGGCAUUCACGGGCCCUAUGUCCUUGUCUUCCACAAUUGAAGCAUCCGCAUCGCGGCAAGUUCUAAAAAUCUCUCCCAAAAAUGAGUACAUAUUGUCUUCACGAGUGGGAGUGGCUGCUCUUGAUCGUCCGUCGUAUUCAUCUCCAAAAAAGUCCACAGGUUCUUCGACGUGGGCCAUAUUGU